AUGUCCAAAACAUCUACCAAAAGCUCGGAAUCCAAAGAUGAGAAUAAUCAUGUUUGGAUCAAUGCUUGGUAUGAUCCCUUGGCAACGGUUACUGCCAUGUCUCAGUGUAUGAUGUUUUGUGAUAUUAAUGGAGAUGGAGACUACAAACUUGUUGCAGCAACAUCGGGAAAGAAUCCAUUGGAGAGUAAACGAACAAAACAAACGCAUCGUCUUCGGGUCUAUAAAGGAACAGGAAAUAUUAGUGAAAAUAUUUUGAUGGAAGAACCCAUUGCAAUUGCUUCAUAUUACACGGAUUAUCAAAAUCCAAAACGACCCAUGAUUUUAGUAGCAAGUAGCAACAAAUUAUUUCUGUACAAGAAUUUGCAACCAUUUUUCAAAUUUUGUAUUCCUUCAAAAAGAAUUGAUGAGAAAGAAAGUGAAGUUUGGCAAUUUCUGAGUGAGGGUAAAUACGACAACAAGACUGCAUUUGCAGAGUUGGCCAGACUACGUGACCUUAAUGUGGCAUUGAGUCCUCGAAGUUAUGAAUUGCUCUCGCUCGCUUCGAACGACGACAUUCGACUAUUUAUUGACGCAAGAAAAAAUACCCCGAUUGAUUUUCCGAACAAUAUUACUUGUCUUUCGAUUCUACCAAAAGACAGGGAAGGAGAGGAUGCUAUUGGAUGUCCUGUCGUUGGAACAGAAUCUGGAAUUGUUUUCAUCCUCUCUCCAUCUGGUUCACAAAUAACAAAAGCAGUACAACUUCCUUCAGCUCCUGUAAAAUUCUGUAUUUCUGGAAAUUUAGAUAAUGAUUAUCGGAUUGCAGCAGCAUGUAGAAAUGGAAACGUUUAUACCAUCAAGAAUGGAGAAGUGAGUGGAGUAGUUAUUGAACUCGAGUCACAUCCAGUAACUAUGGUGAGAAUUGAAAAAACUUUUGUGAUUGGACUCAUGAACAACACCAUUCACUGUUUCAAUACAAGAGGAAAAAAACAAUAUUCCAUUUACUUACCUGCAGCCAUUAAAGACAUGGAGGUGUUGGACAUGAGAGGACAACGAAGCGUGAAAUGUGUCAUGGUAGCUCUCGAAAAUAAGGAACUACGUAUUUAUAAUGGAAAGUCUCUUGUGAACACAAUUCAAUUACAUGAGCAAGUGGUCGGUUUGAAAUACGGUACCUACGGCUCUGAAGUUAAUAGUUUGAUGAUUUCAUAUCGAAAUGGAGGUUUAGAUUUUAAGGUCAUUUCAAGAAAAGCAGUUCUCGAAAGUAAGACUAAAAGUGGACCUCCUCCCGAACAAGAGGAACCUCUUGAUCUUCCCACAAAGACAUUCUUGUAUUUGGAACAAACAAAACGAGAGGUGGACUAUUCGUCCGAAAUGCACAAUGCAUUCCAGAAGGAUUUGGCUCGUGUUCGCCUCAACACUGCGAGAUCCUAUGUGAAAAUAUUAACAGAUGGUCAAGGUCCAUUGUCCUACACGUCGGGCUCGUCCGUUCGUUUGGUUGCAAAUGUGCAAGGUUUGGGACCAAAAUUUAAGGUCAAUAUUGAGGUUCAAAACACUGGAAAGAAGCCAAUUUCAAAUUUAUUUAUUAUUUUUGCCUACGAUGAAGAUGUGUAUGCUUUGGAAGAUGACGCUAGACGGUUAAAUUUACCUUCUCUCUUGCCGGGACCUCUCUACAAGUUCAGCAAGAUGGUGAACAUGUUGGAUCCUUCCAAUGCACCUGACACUCUUCGACUAUUUGUGUGCAGUAAGGAAAGUCCCUCACCUGUCAUUACAGCAGUGGUGAAUAUGCCAGUGGCUGAAAUGGUAGAACUCAUGUAG